CACUAGAUCAUACACACCUACCUAAGUAUUUAUCUUUCCUCUUGAAGUUCCCCACCUGUGACUCUGAGAGGAUGGGCUCCGCAUGAAAAAAGGUUUUCCGCUGCAUGAUUUAUGACAGGACUUUGCAAGAUUCCUAAAAGAGGAAAGGGAAACAGAGAGAAGAAGACAUUUGUGACUUUUAUUGGAGUCUGUGUCUUGCAGGGUGUUAGAUGUCACUCAACAGCCAGCACAGGCCGAGGCAUGUUGACUAUCGCAGCCUCCCGAGGAAUUAUGACCCAGGAAUGCCAACUUUGGAGCACUACCCAAAAUUAUUUUGUAGUGCUACGAGGGCCCUUGAAUAGUUCUUUGUCUGAGCAGGCGCGCGCACGCGAGAGACAGAGCAAAGGGCCCUGCUAAAGCCUUUAGCAUUCACGGCUGAAUGAUUUUUUUGCUUGCCAAACUGUAAGGGAUCCAGGCAAAAAGGAAAGAGAUAACAGACACACAGCAGCUCUGCCCCAAAGGGAUUCAAUCCUAAAGGCUUGCCAGUCAACAUCGUGACCAGAUGCCUCAUUAAAAGCUGUGUAACUGAUACACUUGCAAGUCUUACAGUAGGUGAAAUGCACGCUCACCUGCCAUCCACACAUCUCACAUACCUCAACACAUGUACGCCCAGAGCAACUGAUGAUGUACAGAUGCCAUACCUGAGGUGAAAAUGCAUCCAGUGUAUGAGUUAUUAGGUGGAUGACAUGCUGUCUACAUGUUAGCUAUUGAUGCAGAUGUGUAAUAAAUGUACAUGACAUCGUCCGUGAGAGACAAAUGAUUGUGGUUUGUAUGGCUGCCAAGGACAUUUAUUUUGAGCGAGGCAUGCCGCAGAGAGUGGUGGGAAAUUUGCCGUCAGCGUAUGUAUCCAUCAUUAAUGUUGACGAUGUACAGGAACUCUGCGAUUACACACUAAAGUGGCCAACGGGCAGGACUGGAAAAGAUAUCCGUGGCUCUAAUCGUGGAGGUCAAUGAGUGGCACAGGAAAACUGUGUGAGGAUGGGACCGGAGCUGAACAGGUGGGCGCUGUGAAAUACUUUGUGAACUUCAAGGCAAUUGGACGGUAGAUCGUGGAAGACGAGGACUUCAAGAGCCCAUAUGUCCGUGUGUGAGGUUUUCUUUUGCCAUGUCUGCAUCUCUGCUAGUGCUACAUCUGUUCUUUUUCUGGGAGUUAAUAAAUGUUUGCAGACUGAAUCAAAGAGAAGUAAUCAAACCAUGUUUCAGUCAGACCUGUGCUCACCUCUCUUCUCAUUGAUUACAGCAAACAUGACAUCUUGGAACCACGAAGACAGCUUUGAAUCAAGGAAAUGUAGCAAGACGAGAUGGUUCUGGACAGAAAAUGGACCCAGUGAGGAAUACUGGAUAAAGAACAGCCGCCUUUCAUCCAUUUAUCUACAGCUGAAGCUUUGUCCGCCAAACUAAAACAGUUUUUUACAAACUGGGUGAACAAGCACAGCUAUCAAAUCUUUUCUACAAGCAGCAAAACAAACAAAAAGAAAAUCCAAAUGGCACAGCUGCCAACCACAUAAUUACUGCACUCAUGACACAUUCUUAGCUCCAGUGUGCUGAUGCAUUUCAGUAUUAAUCAAAACUACCACCAGAAGAUAUAAGAACUAUCCUUCUCAAUUGUGGUUUUGUGGAUAAACAAAACAGCGGAAUUGAUUAUCCUGCCUUCAGAGGCUAAGUCUGGCUUUAAUGUAUAAGAAAUAACAUAGAACACCAGAAUAAAGCAACUUUAAUUGAAUAGAUUGGAGCGCUGAAUACAAAGCAGUCUCUGGAAUGACCUUUCCAGAGUGAAAUGUUAUUCCUCACAUGCACCUAACAGCAGGAAGCUGCCAUAUACACAGUUCCCCCUCACGUCACUGUGGAGUUAUGAACUCCAAGAUAAAGGGCAGAUCCUUUUCUCCGAAAGAAAAAUAAUCUGCGAGCUGGAGAUUGGGACGCAGACGAAAAGCAUGUUUUGGUGACCAAAAUAGCAGAGGAGGAAGAGCAACGUCUGGGAAAGAAGAAGAAGGAGUAUUAGAGAAAUGCAAAUAGAGAAGACUGGACUGUUUCUCAGCCCUGUUUGCCAGAAUUCCAACAGAGCACAACAAACUUGUGCAAUUUUCGUGGCAGUUGUCCAUGGGAACUCGUCCAAGGCACCUCUGAGCUUGACCCUCCUGGGAGGUCCUGUUAGUUCGAGAAUAAUACUUCAUGAAGACCAAAGUGAGAGCGCAGUUUUUCCGUCAAAUUCUGGCUGACUACAGGAUAACAUGUGGAAGGAUUAUUGCUGAAAGGGGAGCCACGACCGGAAGCAGAAACUUGGAAAGCUGAGCUACUCCUUUCCUUGUCCUUUUUUGUCUGUUUUCUUGUAUUUGCAAACAUAUCCACUGUCUGCCAGUGAGGACUAAAACUUCCAUCUUCCAACUGCACCGACAGUUUCCUCUUAUCGGGAGAGAAGAUUGAGCUGACUGGAACGAAACACUCACACAUCCCCCUGUCGAGGGCUUUUGUUUCCGCUGCAAGCAGAAGCAUUUUACUUUGAGUGGCGAUGGAAAUGGAGAAGGGACAUACGUCUAUCAGGAGGGGAGUGAGCUGGAGUCCAGGAGGACUGAGGAAACCUCUCCAGGCAACCGACAACACGCACACUCCUGGGACGGAGUGCAAUGCAUCAUGGGAGACGGCAGGAUUCAACAAAGAACAGAUGAGCCGGAAAACAAAUCUGACCAGGAGCGCCAGUUUGUCGGAGAAGGAGCUGAAGGAGGCUCGUGUCAGAAGUCACAUCAUCGCUGCUCAGCUCACCGUCCCUUCCAACUCCAGCUCCAGAGGCGUGCAGCUCUUCAACCGGCGCAAACAGAGGGUCAGCGCCUUCACGCUCGAAAGCUGUGGAGAGGGGUCAGGGGGGGACAGAGCUGAGAAUGUGAAAACGGACCCUUCAUCUAACAAACUAACAUGGGCAGAGAGGAGCACUGAGGAAAAGGAUAGAGACUUGAACUUUAAGAAUAGCGCAACCAAGCCCCUCUUGUCACCCCCUGGGAGGGUACAUUCAGUAGGUGAUAUCAUGGAGGAACCAGGUAAGGAUUUCCACAAGGGAGACGACAUGGAGGACAUUGUUAUCCAAGAGAGACAUUUCCUCCCUGUCAAGGAGGAGCAGGAGGAAGAGGAAGAGGCAAGAGAUAAAAUCCAUGAGGACAAAAUCAAGGAUGAGAUUCCCCCUGGAAGUAAUAAUACUGAUCCAGUUCUGAUGGGACAUGAUGAAGGGGAGGCAGAGACACAUGGGGGUCACACAGGGCCAGCUCCCCCCGGAAAGCUUCAUAAUGGCUGCCAGAGUUCCUCUGGAACUGAGAGGGUGUCUGUGCCCACAUCAAAGCAGACAAGCACCAUCGCCAAUCGAACUGCCAGGCCCUUUUUCUCGCCGCUGACAGUGCAGUCCCCAGAGGCGGUCAGCCCUGUCAUGGGAAUUCCCCCUCCUCCUUCCUAUGCCACUCCUCCACUCCCUACUUUCUCUGCCCCUCAACCAUUGGCGUUCUCACCUCCACCUCCGCCUCCUUCAUAUCCCACACCUCCUCUACCGGCCUUUACAAACCAACCUCCGCAGACCUACUACUCCAGUCCACCUCCGAUGUCUCCCGUUAUGUCUCCUUCCUUCAAUACACCACCCCAUUUCCCUGUGUCUUCUGUGACUCAGUACCCACCUAUGCCCCAUUAUGGCCCUCCCCCAGCCCCAAAGCCUUCCACCUUCGUUCCUCAGCCUGCUGGAGAGAGGAAGCCGAUAACACAAAUCAAAACAGGAAUACUUGAGGAGGGUGCUGCUAGAAGGGGAAAUAGGAAGUCAAUGUUCACAUUCAAAGAGAAGACAGUGAUAGCUCCGAACCCUGAGCUGCUCUCUCUGGUGCAAGGGGUGGAUGACAGGAAGAAACAUGGACAUAGAUCUGUGCCUGAGCCAGCGUCCGAGGAAGAGUUGCUGGCGCUGGGGGCAGAGGCCUCCAACUUCCUCGCCAAUGAAGAGGACAGGGCCGAGGAGGCAAGAGCUCCAGAGUGGGCUUCCUGCCUCAAGACCUCCAGGACCCGUCCAAGGGCAGAGCACAGGCCAGAGCAGACCCUCACCAAUGUAUCAGGAAAGGGGGCUGAGCUGUUUGUCAAGCGUCAGUCCAGGAUGGAGAAAUACGUUGUUGAGAAGCAAAAUGCAGGACAAAUUAGGUCUCCUUCUCCCGCGAUGUCUCUGCCACCAUCUUGGGUGUUCCCAUCAAACAUGCCCGGCAGGGUCAAGGCCAUUGCUAAAAACUCUGACAUGAGUGCUCAGCUUUCAGAAAACCUGAAGGCCCAACAAGCAGUCAAGCAAAAACCGAGGCAAAAAGCUGCAGCACCAGAGCCAAUUCCAGAGCCCCCUCCUUUGGAAAAUGGUUGCACCCAGAUAGAGAUGGACCUGUCGAGGCACCGGCCCUACCAUAUUUCCUCUUCCCUCUUCAUCCUUAACCCAGUCAAGGACCCCAUUAGUACCCUACCCAGAGGAGCACCACAGUCCAAGAACCUGAUGUCUUCCCAGUCUUUCUCUAGAAAGGCUUCUUUACCUAAUAACCCUCCUUCUCACAGUGCCCAGUGUAUGUCUCCACAGCUGCCUCUCAGCCCCACAAGAGGAGGAGCAGAAUAUCGGCCAGAUCCAGCCUAUGGGGAGCCGAGGAUCAGCUCUCCUAUGGCGGCCUUUUCUCCGGAGCGAGUGUCCUCUCCUCGGUCAUCGGGGCUCCAGGCGCCAAGGCCCACGUUUUCUGCCAAGAAGGCAGGGAUUGCGCCACAGACACCAAAAGAGUCCUUCCCAGUUGAAACCCCCAGUGAGACUCCCACGCCAACCAGGACGCCCAGCCUCACCAGACGUUUCAGCAGCCCAGAGGGCCCCGUCACUGGGACCUGGACUCCCAGCCUCCAAACCAAUCGGCCCUCCACCACCAUCUUUAGCCGCUCAGUUACUUCCCCUGUAUCCUCUCCCAGGGGUACAAGAUGCCAAUCCCCUAUGGCCGGUCAGAAUAUCCAGUUAUCCACGGUUACCUCCACUACAACAUCCAGACCCUCUCAAACAUCUACAGCCACCUCUCCACGCUCUCCUCCUUGGGGUUCAAGAUGCCAGUCCCCAAUGGUAACCGAUCUUACCCAGUCCUCCACUGUCACCUCCAUGUCUGCAUCCAGACCCUCCCAACCAUCUACAGCCACAUCUCCACGCUCUCCUCCUUGGGGAUCAAGAUGCCAGUCCCCUAUGGUGAGCCGAAAUAUCCUGUCUUCCACCAUUUCCUUUGUUCCUACUUCCAGACCAACCCAAAUAUCUACAGCCACAUCUCCUGUCUCUCCUCCUUGGGGCUCUCGUUCCCAGUCUCCUGCACUCUCUCAGACCAGUUUAUCCUUCCAGGCCACUAAACCUCUGUACACAUCCUCUGCCACCUCUCCCGUUCCCCCGCCCAAAGACAGUCGCUGCUUGUCCCCCAUUGUUAAUAACCCAGACUCUAAAGCCAACCACCGCCUCCUGGCUAAGAACAUCAUCAAUGCAGCCAAACGUAAAAACAGCCCCUCCCCUGGAGCACUGAGCAGUCACAGCCUCCCCAUCUCACCUCUGGGAAAUUCCCACCAUGGCUACGACUGUCACAAACCACCCAUCAGCCCCUUCCAGUCGCGGGCAUUUGGCGCCCAGUCCCCGACAUUCACCAGCCCUCCUCCAACCCCAACGCAGAGGAUCUGCUCCCCUGUGAGGCUCUACAACACUCGCUCCCUCACCGACUCUGAUGCCUCUGUUGAGUCGGAAGACUCGGGCCUCCGGUCGCCUGGCUUGCACUCCUACAACACCUGUCCCCGCGGCUGGGGCGGUAGCCUGAGGGUGAAGAGAAGCACCGUCUCCACUGACCUGUGAGGGCGUGACAAGAAGGCCAUCACAGCAUGAUUUCAGUUUGAAUAGACUUCUGGGGCAUUGGAUCAACCAAAGAGUUUCUGAUUGCAUUUCAUCAGACUAAGAGAAGAUGCCUUUCUGUAACUUUGAAAACUGAUCCUGGACAAUGGUAAAUGUUGUAUCAAGGUAGUAAUAGUAUUUUAUGUGACUCACAUUCAUAGUAAGGACUGACAAGAACAAGCUUUUACAUAACGCAGUUGCUGUGGCUUGUACGCUUUCUUAAUACCAAAAACACUCAAAAUGCAGUAACCAAAGUUAUUAGAAUUCACUUCAGUUAUGUUAUACUUUCUACACCUGCACAACAAACAUACACUCAUAGCCAUUGUUCAAGUUAAAUGGUGUUUUAUCAGUUUUUAAUGUUAUCAAUGAAUAAUAAUUAUGUUUGCUGGUCUGAUGCAAGUCAACAUGGGAAGAUACUUUAAAAGUAGGGUAUAGAAAAGGACAUAUUGAAUGAGUAAUGUGUAAAUAUGUAGCUCAUUGGACUGUGCAGUACUUUGUUUAAGGCAUUCUCAUUGCAUUAGUAAAGGAUGAAAUCUAACGAUACAGUAAAUAAUGAGUUUCCAUCAUUUUUCCAUGACAAAAACACAGUGGUAGGUGGGACACAUGCUCAUUAUCACAUUAUCAUACAGGGACACAGUAUUCACCACAGUUUAUUAUCCAUUUUAUUCAAUUGGAAAUAAAUCAUGUGUAUAAUUAUAUCAGUGCAAUAAUCAAAAACAAUAAACAGCGUUUGUUAUGUAUGUUAUAUGUUGCUUUAUGUACUGCAUUUGCUAAAAUGAAUGUGAGCUGUACAGACAGACAGACAGAGAAUGACGAGAGGAUGAAGAGAUGAUUAGUUAAGUGGAGGUUCGGUGAGGCAUUGACGCACCAGUUCAAUCAAAACACUGUUUCCAUGAUUCAGGAGAUUUCAAAGGGUUUAAACAUUGCUGGAGAACAAUUCAAUGGACAAAUAUUAGCUGUCAACGUGCAAAUGUAAUGAAAUAUUGAUUGUAAUAUUCAUAUUGGAGAUCGACGUUUGUAUGCCUUUGUUUUUUCGCCUUUGGCAGACCGCCUGUAAUGUCCUUCAUGAGAGACAAAUGAACAUAUUUUGUGCCUGUACUUGGUGUACAAAGUGGCUUGGUUGGAUGAGGUCCAGGAGCAAAUGCGUAUGUCAGAAAAGGUACAACAAAACGUUGUUGAAAAGAAAGUUAGACGUAUGUUGUAACAUAUUAAUCUUAGUGUUUGUGGGAAAAGGAUAAGAGCAAUGGAUUGUAUUUGAAAUACAUACAUAUCUCUUUUAAAUACAUUCUCUUUGACUUCUGAAGUUUCUUUUUAUACUUGAUUUGCACUUAUGUUCAUUCCAUUUUAACGGUUGAAUUGACAUUGUUUAAAACUUGAUUUGCUCAAACGUGUCAUUCAAAAAUAUAACAAGCAAAUAAACAACAGUGAGAACAUUCUUGCGUGAUUCAAUAUGUUUACGUGAUGGUGGCAAUUAUAGCUGUAAACCCGACUGCUGACUCCAAACCACAAUUGGCUUUCUUUUCACACCAUUCGAUUCUUGCCCAGUCCUGAACCAGCACACACAACCCCCCCCCCACCACCCACUGACAUGAAGGUCAAAAAGCAUCAGCCCAUUUCUAAAUAUUUACUUCUGUGUGUCUUUUGAGUGACAGGGACACCUGCUACACGGUGACCUGGCUCCUUCAGCAGGAUUAAGCUUAUUUCUGUCAUGGAUUGGUUUCAACCCGGGGCGCCUCUGGACAAACUAAACACCGCUGACAUCCUCAAACACAGAAAAUAAUCAUUGUACUUAUUCAUUUUGGAUGGGGGGGGCGGUAAAUGUUUUUUUUUCAACACAGCAUUUUUUUCCUCUCAUUUCAAACUGUAUGAUGUUUGAAAAUCAAUGCAUGAUAAAAAGUGAACUUUGAAAAAUGUAUUGUCUUUUUUUUGCAUAUAUACUUCAUAACACAUUGGACUGAAAACUGUGGUAAAUUACUGUAAGCUGAAGUAGUAAUUUCCUUUUUUUAAAUAUACAAUACAAAAAUAAAACAUUAUUUGGAAUCAUGUCAUGGAAUGCACAUCAUUUCAUAUACAACACAUUUCUCCACACAUUUAUACUGUUGAAUUAGUCUUUUGCUUUUCUAAUUAAUUCAUAUUCUACACAAGGAGCAAUUAAAGUAAUUUAGGACAGCAGUAGAUUUAGGACCGCAGUAAUCCUGCACAGUGCCACUCACACUAGGAUUCUUAUUUCAUCUGGUCCUUACAUGACCCCGUCAUGCACUUCAACCGCCCCUCCAUUAAAACUUUAUGGUAGUGAAAUGAGUAUAUCUUGAUGCAGUUUAGUAGUUAAAGUGAGAUAUUAUGAAUUGUCUAUUUUCAGUCACUUUAAUAAAUACCGACACAAACUUCUUAGAUGUAUUUA